CUUAGCUGUGGUUUGGGGAGAGCAGACCUCAAAGGACCAUUAGCUCCAUCUUCUCCAUAACUCUAGAGAGUUGAAGAGGAGUCCACCCAGCUGCUGUGCUGGUCCUUUCUCCAGAAAAGAACAGCUAGGAUGCCAAGACUUAAAAAGGGGUCACGCAAAGUCCACCUUCCUGAACUGGACAGAGAAAUCCAUACCGAAAUUUCUCCAAGUUACUCGGGUAAUCCACUCCUGAAAUUGUUCCACAGAGCCCAACCCAGCAUCAGUUUCUCUUCUCUGACCCAGACCCCAAUCAAAACCGUUCUGCAGAAGUACCUUUGGAAAGGCGAAUACCCUUCCUUCCAGUCUGUGCCAAUGUUUGAGAGCUGCUUUCACCAGGUCACCCGAAGGGGCAGGCAUGUGUUCAUCCACAACCACAGCAAUGAAGCCAUCAUUGGCAUCGCCUCCACCAACGUCAAACUUCCCUUGCCCAACUUGAUGUUCGUCGCUCGCCCCGUCGUUGGUCCAUUUUCCUCAGGACCACACACAGGGGAGCCAAUGCUUACCAGGCUCCUCCCUUUAAAAUUUGUACGGAUCUCCAUCCAUGAUCCUGAAAAGCAUCUCAUCAAAAUCAAGCUGAUCAAUGGCCGCACAUAUUACCUUCAGCUUCACGCACCCACAGAGGAGGAGGAAGCCCAGUUUGAUCGCUGGCUGUCACUGGUCUACCUUCUCCAUCACCCACCGGCCUGCUAUCUGCAACCUAAGCCCAUGUCUUGCACCAUCAUAGACAACCUAAGCAUUGAGCUCAUCCCAAGUGAGGAAGAAGAUGAAGAUUGGAAGGAUCAGAAAGGGAAAAAGCCUCCUGCUGAACAGAAGAGGUUCAGCAUCGAACAAGAAGAAUAUACGGAUGAGGAGCGGGAAAUACUCCAGGCAAAGCCUAGCCGGAUCCAAAGUGAACGGCACUUGUACGUUCAUGAAGGCAGCUAUGAGACCUACAAAGGGAGCAGCAUAAAGGCCAGAUCAUCCAGGUCAUCCAGGUAA